CUAGCUUCAAUUCACUUCUAUAGCUAAAGCUUUUAUUUGAAAACUCCUAAGAAGAAGAAGAAAAUGUCGAACCAGGCUCAGGACCUUAAAGCCCAAGCUGGUGAGGCUGUCGGUCAGGCUCAGGUUAAGAAGGACCAGAUGAUGAACAAUGCUUCUAGUGCUGGCCAAAAUGCCAUGGAUAAGGCGUCUCAAACUGCCCAGAGUGGCCAAGAAUCUAUGCAGCAAACCAAGGACCAAGCAUCUGGUUUCCUUCAACAGACUGGAAUGCAAGUGAAGAACAUGGCACAAGGAGCAGCUGAAGCAGUGAAGAGCACAUUGGGGAUGAACACUGAUAACAAUCCCAGCAACACAAACAACCCAAGGAACCCAUCCAACAAGAUUUGAGAAUUCAGAUUCCCUUCUCUGAUCAUUUGGUGUUUUAUUUU